CGGCCGCUCGUUUGUGCGUCAUUGGCGUAAACUCCCGCCAGACACCACUCACUCUGGCUAUCAUAUUACCUUCGCAGUGUACGUUCACCUUUCCUUAGCCACUUCACUGCUAUCGCAUCUGUCUCUUUUACUACUUGUUCCUACUCUACACUUUGGCGCCUGUGAUUUACUAUUUUUUUUCUGCGCCGUGCGUAUCCUUCUUACCUUUUAUCUUUAUUCCGAGCGUUUGUCAGAUCACCUGCAUAACGCGCAUGACAAGGCAGUUUCUCGAAGCUCUCUACCUACUCCACCCACUCUACUUUGCCAACAUCUUGCGAACAGUCCGGUCACGGCCUGGACAAAUCUACCACAAACUACUGACAAGCACAAUCAACCGUAGUCCUUUCCAACCUCGUUCUUCCUCCUGCUUAUCGCCUUCGCACCAGAAUCUCCGACCGUCACACUGUCAGUACUGAAUAUGGACACUUCGGCCCCGGGCCAGGGCCAGAACCCGAAUCAAGAGCUGUGCUUCUGCCAUUCAUGCGAGAACGAAUGGUAUCGUCACGAAUAUGGACUGACAUGUCCGGAAUGUCAGUCUGACUUCACCGAGAUAGUUGAAGCUGCCCACGACCCGCGUGCAGAAUUAUUUGCAGAUCUUGACCACCAUAUGGCGGACGAGCACCCGGCACACCCACGUUCGCACACCCGUGAUCCGAUCCAUGGUAACGAUGACCACCACCCUUUCCACAAUCAGGACACAUGGCGCCACGCCCCUGAUCCGGAAGAGGAGGACAUCAAUGGUUGGCGAAUAAACCAGACAGGUCCCGACACUUUCUCUAUGACGGGCACCUUCACCACUACCACUACGCCGCGCGGAGGAGCAAACAGGGCUCCAGGUGCUCUACAGGGCGGCAUCGCAGACAACUUCAGACACAUGCUCCAAGGAAUACUAGGAAACAACGCAGGGUUAGCCAACACACGCCCUAGCACACAGCAGCAGCCCCCUGACGCUCCUCCCGUACCUGGCCAUAGACCUGAUCCUUUUUCCCCACCAGAUCGAAAUGCACCGGGCGGGUUGGGACAUCCACACCAGAAUAUGCAGUCGAUAUUCGGUGGAUUCCAACCUCAGACUACCCAGCAGAGGUUUGGCUCUGGCGGUCAAAGAGUUACUUUCAUGGGUAGAGGGCCACAUCCGAGGUUCCAGUACACCGCGAAUGCGCGGAUCUUUCCACGCAACCCAAACGAGGCACAACCUCACGUUGAGCCCGUUGACGAACUUCACGAUAUGAUUCAGGCUAUGCUUGGUCAAGGCAUGGGCGGACCACGAUUCCCUGGUGAAGUCCCGCCAGGUCAACGUUUUGAACAGCAGCAAAAUGCAAACGCAUUCCCCGAUAAUCCUUUAUUGGGACUAUUAAGUCAUUUUCUCGCCGGACCGAGAGGAUCAAUCGGAGACUAUGUUGGUUCUCAACAGGAACUAGAUCGGGUUAUUUCUCAGCUUAUGGAACACAACGCCUCAGGAAGUGCGCCGGGUCCGGCAUCAGCAGCAGCCAUAGCGGCUCUACCGAAGAAGGAAGUAUCCAAGGACAUGCUAGGCUCCGAAGGCAAAGCCGAAUGUAGCAUAUGCAUGGAUGAGGUCAACUUAGGUGAACAAGUGACGAUACUGCCCUGUAAUCACUGGUUCCAUGAACAGUGUGUCGGUGCAUGGCUGAGUGAGCAUGACACAUGUCCCCACUGUAGGAAAGGCAUUUCAUCUGAGCCUUCAAGCCCGCCCCAAACGCCCGGACGCGCUACUAGUGCUGAGGCUUCACACAGUCAGCGGCUAUAUCCACCUUCGCCGACCCGAAACGUUCCAGGCACAUUUUACGACGAUCAUGCAUCAACAAGCAGCUCUGAUGUUCGACAUGAUUUCCACAGACUACACGAACAUCGCCCACAAAACAGUCGCCACUCUAGCCACGGUAGCCACAACAGCAGGAGACAGAGUGCAUCUACAAUCCUCAACAAUAGUCACACCAGCAGUAACGACGGUGGUGGUGGUGGUGGUGGUGGUGGUGGUAUAGCUGAUCGAAUCAGGAGAGGACUAUUUGGUAGUAGCAGUUCGCGACGCCAAAGCGGCGGAGCAAACCCGUGAUUCAAGUUCGUAGCAACAAUGUAGUGAGCGUGUAGCGUGUCACGAACACAUAUUGACAUACAUUUGGUUAGGUUAUAUAGAGCGAGGCUAUUGGCGUUGGGGCGUCAGCAGAAGCUGUAUUUUUACCAGACACAUCGUUACCUGGAUAUGCCUAACUCGUGCUAAAUAUCAUGAAUACUGAUCACCACGCUAAGCUGUUUAAAGAUGGAUAUUAGUGAAAUGACUAUCUAUGUAGGUGAAGAUUUGGACAUUAUAGUUCAAAAUCGUAGUUUUGCAAGUAAUGAUACACUGCCAUCCUUUUGGUGGCCACUUUCUGCGCGGCCUUUGUUCAUGGCUUGUGACUCCAUCAUAUAUACCUUAGCAUUUUCAACGGAUAGACUAUAAUUCCGGCGAUUGCAGUAAGGCCAGAGAAUACAAUCAACGGGCCAUACCCACUUCCAUA